UUCCAUUCAAACGUUUACCGACGAUACUAGUAUCACACAGAAAAUGGUUAUCUUCAAAUUCAAAAUAAAUAUGUUUCUUGAUCGCUGCCUUUCGAAUAGUGUCCACUUCCAAAUACUUAUAUCUUUUACUGAUUUUUAUGUCGAAGCCAUCAUAUUAAAAAUAACUAUAAGAACCCUACAGGAUUAUUUACUUUAUACGCAAUUUUUUAUUACGGUAUCAAGAACAUACAAUAAAAAUACGACUUCUGCUGGAUAUUCACGCUCUCUCAACCAACCCCAUUCCUUUUCAUUCCGUCGUUGGAACUCCAAGUGGCGUUGUUGAUAUUACCCAUUGUGCAAACGUAAUUAUUAACGAUGUCUGGAGGCAGAGAUAUUUUAAGCUUGAAAGAAGAAGAUGUUACUAAAAUGUUGAGUGCUACUACUCACAUUGGAAGUGAAAAUGUUGACUUCCAAAUGGAACAAUAUGUUUACAAAAGGAGACCUGAUGGUAUUCACAUCAUCAACUUAAGGCAUACCUGGGAGAAACUUCUGCUUGCGGCCCGUGCUAUUGCAGCUAUUGAACCACAUAGCGAAGUUUUUGUUAUAUCAUCUAAAGCCUAUGGCCAAAGAGCUGUCCUUAAGUUUGCAACACAUACCGGAGCUACACCUAUUGCUGGUCGCUUUACUCCUGGUGCCUUCACUAACCAAAUUCAGACUGCUUUCCGUGAACCUCGCCUUCUGGUAGUGACAGAUCCUCAUAAUGAUCAUCAACCUAUCACAGAAGCAUCUUAUGUGAAUAUCCCUGUGAUUGCAUUUUGUAACACAGAUUCACCUUUGCGUUAUGUUGAUAUUGCCAUUCCUUGCAAUAAUAAGUCAGUUCAUUCUAUUGGUUUAAUGUGGUGGCUUCUGGCUCGAGAAGUUACCAGGUUCAGAGGGCGGGAAACACCAUGGAACGUUGUUGUUGAUUUAUUCUUCUACAGAGAUCCUGAUGAGGCUGAAAAGGAAGAAGCUGUUGCCAAGGAACCAGCUCCUGUUGCUCCCAAACCAAUUGAAAGUACUGAGUAUGCUCCAGUCCCUGAAAGCUGGGCUGAGGAGCCCAGGGAACCAAAACCAUGGGUCGAUGAUGGCCCAACCCCUGGUGCCGCUGCUGGUCCGGUGAUCACUGAUGACUGGGCUAUUCAGGCUGAUGCUGGUGCAACAACUACAGCAGCAGCGACAACUGAUUGGGGUUCAGCUACUGGAACUACCACCUGGUAAUAAUUGUAAUUGUUGUUCCAUUUGAUUAAACUUUUUAUGAACUU